CAGACCUAGAUGCCACCAUAUUGUUCCCUUUCUCUCGGGAGACCUCCUUCUUUGUUAUAUCCCCCUCCUGGGAGUGUCGUGGAAUAAAACUUUGCAGAGAGAAGCAAGCCCCCCUGCCUUUUCCUAAUGGGGGAGCUUCACUGGCAGUCUUCUUUAGAGGCUGAGGUCCUCCUUGCCAGAAAUCCUCUCCUCAAAGUCAUCUCAAGGCCUUGGACACCAUAUGGACUCAUGCCUUGUUAGCGACCUGCAGCCAGAGCCCACAGGGAGCAUGCUGUGGCUGAAGAAGUUGGCUUUGCUAUGUGUCGCAAUGAAGGAGAGCACCACGGGGAGUCUGACUACACGGUGUUAGGAAGGACCUUGCUAUGGUGGGUUUGUCCCCCAAAAUUCACUUACUGGAAACUUAAUCCUUAAAGCCCUGCAGUAGACAUUGGAGAUGAGGCCAUGGGAGAUAAUCAGGAGUGGAUGUGAAGUUAUGAGGUUGACUUUUAUGAUCAUUUUAGUAGUGUUACCAGAAGGAGAUGGAAGAGAAACACAGGAUAGCAGGGCUAGCAUGCUUUAUCUUUCUCACUGUGUGAUGCUCUCUGUGGUGCCACCACCCUUGCCAGAUGCUGCCCAGAUGUGGGUGCUAUGCUCUAAUAUCACAACCCUUUUUAUUUAUAAAUUACCCCAUCUGUGGUACUCAGUGAUAGCAACAGAGAAGUGACUCAGGCAGGAUUUUGAUUUGGGUUUGGAAAUUUGGAGGAGGGAUUGGAUGUUUUCAAGAUGCAGGUUGGGUGCUUUGGGGAGGCAAGUGGAUUCUAUGGUGGGUGUCUUAAGCAGCCUUCUGUGCAUGGGGAGGGAUGAAUAAAGCUGUGACUGUCACCGGUGAAGGGGCAGCAGCUGCUGCACACUGUAGAGGCCAUGUGGGCAUUUUUGUGCUUCAGACUGUGUUCCUAUUUCUGUCACACUCGGACGUGAUGAUGGAAUCUUCUUUUUGCUUUGAUUCACCACAGUCGGUCUGGUAUUGCUGUUCUGUAAAAUUGUUAGUUCAGCAAGGCCCAGCCUCGAGUGCCCGUGCCAGCUCCUAGCAGCUCCGCAUCCUGGUUAUGGAGCUAGGUUAAUUCUUGGCUCUCAGGGCCUGUUUUCCUUCUUCUCAAUCGUACACUUUUAUUUAGCUGUGUUGAUUAUUAAAACAAGGAAAUGCUUUUCGUUGUUGGUUUGAGACACGGAUCUCACUAUGUAGUCCAGGCUGGCCUUGAGUUUGCAGCAAUCCUGGCUCAGCCUGAGUAGGAAAUACUUCUUUACGGCUCAGUAGCUAAUCAUUCCCAUGAGCUUUCUGAGGGAUUUGUCACAGCCCUGGCCCAGCACCCCUACUUAACGGGUCACUCCGGCUGAGGCGGAAGUGUGUGUCCUGAUGGGUGUGCAGCUGUGCGGGACGUGCUAGCAUUCCUGGGCGUCACUCCAGUUUUGAGAUGGCAGCCCCUCGCCUCUGGCAGCAGUGAGAGCAGACAAACGGAGGAAAGGUAAGAGAAAAGUGAGAAACAACAGGUGAAAGAGAAUGAAAUAAGUGAGGGAGAAGUUAGGAACGGUGAAAAGACAACUACAAAACGACGCAGAAGUAAAUCCUGAAAAGUGAGUCUCACAGCAGGUUAAAAAAAGCACUAGGUUGCUGAAAAAGUCAUGCUUUGACCUUAUUGUUAUAUUGUUAUGUCCUGUUUUAUCUCAAUCUCUCCCUUAUUCAUUAAAAAAGUUAUUUAGUUAUUUUUUAUGGUUUUUUUUAAUUAAGGGGAAAAAUUUAAAAAAUUAGCAGGAUAUAUAAUAGUAACUCUUUUUGAUUUCCUAUUAACUUGUUUUGAAGUCCUGUAAUACUCCCACGAUCUUGUUUUGACUGAUUAGACUCUGUUCCAUUCUGUGCGAUAGUAUCAAGUUUGAGGCUAUAGGCAACUACUUUGAAGGCAAUAAGAUUCACUAAGAUGCCCAUUCUGGUUUGACUAUUGUCUCCUUUGGAAGUCCUGUAAUGUUUACAAUGCCUAAGUUUUAUUGGUCUUGUUCUCUACUGUUCAACUUUAUAAUAUCUAAUGAGAUACACAAUUCUUUUUAAGGAAACAAGAGACAUUGUUGAUAACCAUUGUUGAUAACCUUGUACUCUGUUUUACAUCAUGUGCUAUGUUUAUCCUUGGUUUUCACUGACAGCUUUGUUUUGCCAUAUUUGACUUUAUUCUCUCCCAAAAAAAAGUAAUAAGAACUAAGGAGUAAUAAAACCCAAAAUGUGUAAAUUUUGUUGUAAAAAAGAGAGGGAAAAAAAGUGCUCUAAAGGAUACAACAGCAAGUGUAUUUAGGGGUGAUAAAUAGCUGACCAUAUUAAUGUUUUUGGUUGGAUCACUGAACACAAGAUCAUUGAACACAACUGUUUGCAGUCUCACUGUUUGAGUGUCCACUUUGUAUGCUUUGAUACUGUGACUUGAGCAACUAUCUCUAAGAUGAUAAUAUGUAAUCUAUUAACUGGUGAUUUCUUACUGUUUUUUUUUUUUUUGUAGUUCUGUAUUACUUGCACCCUAACACCGCUUUGUUUUGUUUUUGUUUUUUCUCUUUUUCCUUUUAAAUAAAAUUUAAAAAAAAACUGGAACAGAAGAAGGUGGCACUGGAGAACAGGAGGAGCAGAGGAAGAUCCAGGCCAAAGCUUUCCACAGGUCUUUCAUGUUAUUCUGCAGUUCUCUUAUGUUGAAUAGGUCUCAAAAUGAAUUUGCCACCAGCUGGAGCUUGGGAUACAAUCGUUUUAUUCCAUAGAAGUUUGGGUUGCAGUUGGGUCACAUUGGAUGAGCUUUCCUCUGUAAGAACAGCAGGAAAGGGAGCUCAAUAUGGCACCUGUGGCACAGGGCUGUGGAAGCUGCUUAAAACCUGCACCCCUAUAGCAGAAGAUGCCCCCCCCCAGGCCCGUAUACUUCAGUUCGUUAAUUUCCCAGGUGACAGUUCCAGUUCCUCUUACUUUUGUUUCUUAGCAACAGCUGGUCACUGUGAUGCACAGCUGGUCACUAGGAUGCAUAUUGUAAGAUCCAGUCCCCAAUUGACAAGCCUCUGUACUUCCUGCUUGCUUACCUCAGAUAAGCCUCAGACCUCUAGAGAUAAGGGCCUGAUAUUCUGGGAAUGAUCCGGAUCAGUGCUCAUUGACGUAAAAUAAAUCUGCCUCCAAAUCCUGAGGGUUAUUUCUGUGUUUCUGCUUCUGUUACACCCCAGCAUCCUCCCUGCUUUGAGCUCUGUCUGCAUCCAGGAGUCACCACUUUCACAGGUUCCUGUUUAGAUAUGAAAAUCUCCACUGACUGUGAGUUAGGAUGAAGAGCAGCACGGGUUUCCCUGCCUUGUCUCUGAGAAAAGGCAGUGCAAACAUAAGCCAGGAGGAGCUGUGCUGCAGACCUUGAGUAACUACCCCGUGGGGUGAGGAAGGAACCACAGCCUUUCUUCUCCUGUGGGAGGAGCACAGACCACUGGCUCAGACCCUGGGUAUACGGAGGGGCACGUGUGAGAUUCUUUCUCUUGGAAAUCCUGGUUCUUUGUUUUUUUUUUUUUUUUUUUUGGUCUUUUUCCUUUUUAUCGGUACCGGUAUUGAACUCACGACUGCCUGCUUGCAAAGCAUGCGCUUAUGCCGCUGAGCUAAAUCCCCAGCCCCCAUCCUGGUUCUUUGAAUAAUUACCAUUUCUGUGAACAUCACUGGACAGGAGAUGAGAGGACAGUGCGAGGCAAAGGGAGGCUCGUGCUGCCGGAUGGAGGCUGGGUCCCAGUCCCAGAGCCCGGAUGGCCAGAGGUGCACUGCAGCUGAUCCUGGAGAUUGAACUUAGAGCCUCAUGGGUUCCAGGAAAGUGCUAUAUGGCUGUACUGCAUCGCCAGCCUUUUAAAAUUUUGAGAUAGGUAGGGAAACAGUACUUUUCACAGCAGCAUCCAAAAAAUGAAAUACCUAGGAAUCAAUCUAAUGAAGCAUGUAAAAGACACCUACAUUGAAAACUAUACUACUCUGAAAAAAGGGAUUGAAGUGGGUAUCAGAACAUGAAAAGACAUCCCCUGCUCAGUUAGGAAGAAUUAACGUAGUGAAAAUGGCCAUACUUACAAAGUGGUUAUACAAAUUUAAUGCCAUUCCAAUAAAAAUUCUAGCAGCAUAACUCACAGAAUUAGAGAAAAUAUUCCUAAAAUUCAUUUGGAACCAGAAGAGACCUUGAAUAGCAAAGGCAAUACUGGGAAACCAGGACAAGGAAGGGGGCAUCACAAUCCCUAAUUUGAAAUUAUACUACAGAGCUACUGUGAUAAAAACAACAUGGCAUUGGUAAAAACAAACAAACAAACAAAUAAAAAACCUCAGAAAAAAAACAAACCUAAGGAUCAAUGGAGCAGAUUAAAAGAUGGAAAAACAAUUCCAAAUAUACUUAGCCACCGUAUCUUUGACAAAGUUACCAAACACAUUCACUAGAAGAAAGAUAGCUUCUUUAAUAAAUGGUGCUGGAAAAACUGGCUUUUCACCUACUAAAGAUUAAAUCUGAACCCAUAUCUUUUACCAUGUGCUAAACUAAAGUCAAAAUGGAUCAAAGAUCUAAGUAUUAAAACAGAAACACUAAAUCUACAAGAAGCUAUCUUGGUAAAAGUCUUGAAGACAUUGGUGUAGGGAAAGAUUUUAUGACUAAAACUGCAAUCACACUGGAAUUGUCACAAAGAAUCAACAACUGGGGUGCCAUUUCAUUAAACAGCUUUUGCACAGCAAGAGAAAUCACCAACAGGGUGAAAAGACAAUCUACAGUGUGGGAAAAGUGCUUGCAAGCUGUUCCACAGACAAAGAAUAACUAAUGAGAACAUAUAAAGAACUAAAAAGAAAUCAGUGUCAUGGUUUACGUUUGUGUCCCCCAGGCCUCAUGAGUUUGCACUGUUCAUUUGUGAUGGUUCAUUGUAUAGUGCUUGGAUUAAUGGUGUUAGUGCUCCACCCACAUAGGGGUGAAGCCAGGAUGUGAUGUAAUGGCAGGAAGUAGGUGUGUUUUUCUCUUUGCUGGUUUAAGCUUGCUGUCAGCAGUCGCCAUGAAAUGCAGCCCAGCCAUGCCCGCCUGCCUUGGAGCCAACUGAGUGUGGACUGAAACCUCCAAAAACUGUAAGAAAUAAACCUUUCCUUUCCCAGCUUUGGGCUUCAGGUAUUUUUGUCUCAGCGAUGAGCAUAAAGUAACUAAGACAGAAAUUUGGUACCAAGAGUGGGUUCCUUUGCUGUGAUUAUACCUGGCCAUGUUUUUCAAGAGGCUUUGGAAAUGGCUUGUGGGCGGAGUUUGGAAAGGUUUGGACAUGUCACCUGGAUGCAUAGAGCUGGAGCAGCUUAGGCUGGUCUGUAGAAUACAUUCUGGUCAGAGCUCAGGAGACCUGAAAGCUGAUAGAAAGCCUGAUGGUAAAGACCAGGCUUGGGAGGUUUCUGCUGGGAAAGACUGCAUUGGUCAUUGGACUCCACAUGAUGUGUGUUAUGGCUUAGCAGAAAGUUUGUCUUCAUUUUGUUCCUGCCCAGAGACUUUGCCUAAGACUGAGACAAAGGGCAAUGGACUGAUUAAUCUUGAAAAAGAAAUUAAAAAGCAACCAAAUGUUGUGGCUGUGGCAUGGCUAUUGGUGGCUUUUAGCGAGCUUUAUGUUUUGAAUCAAGAGCAAAGAGCCCAGCAGGAUAAUUUCCAAUACUGUGAAUUUGGCCCGAAGGAAGAUUCCAGGAAGGGUGUGGAUUGUAAAGACAGAGUUGAGAUUUUGAUUCCUGAGGAGAAACAGAGAGAUAAGAAAGAUGGCCCCGGGGCAUCCAAGGAAGCAGGUCCUUGCCCUGUGCAGCCUCAUAGCAAAGAUGAAAAAUUUUGCUCAGAGGAAAAAGCUGCAGAGUGCCAUGCUCCAGAAUGGCGACAGAGGCCACGUGAGGUUCCAGAAUGGCAGCAACACAGAGAAGCUUUUCAUCACAAUCAGGUAAACAGAGCCCUGCAAUCCAGGCAACUGACCCCUACAGCCAAGAGAGAGAAAAGCCUGACUGCCGCUUCAGCUAGCAGCAAACCUUGGCAGCAUCCACAACAUGCUGAUUUUAGGUGCAAGGAAAAUGCACAAAUUCUGAGGGUAAGAAGGCUUCCACCUCGAUUGCAAAGGGCCCAGCUGGCCAUGCAGUGUGCCCCUGAGAGGGCAAUUUGUGAAGAUGUAAGGGUGAAGCUGAAGGUGCAGUGGAGACCCCAGAAGUUUGGAAAAACCAGGGACGUGGAUGAUCCAAGGAAAGCUGCAAAAAGCAAGCAGAGAGGAUUUAAGAGAAAAGCUGCAGGAGUUGAAAUCCCUGGAAGUGCCCUGGGGGUGGAAUCACCCAAGGCUUUUGGAACUUGCAACCAGAUUGCUUCAGAUGCUGAGUGUAGAACUCUAGGACUUAAUGUUUGCCCUGCUGGAUGUUGGAAUUGCUUUGUUUCAAAUGCUUUCUAUUCUCCUGUUUGUAACUUUUGGAAUGGUAAUGUUUAUCUUGUGCCUUUGCAUUUCAGAAAUGUUUAACCUUGUUUCUUUUGUACAGGGCUUACAGUUAAGAGUUUGCCAUAGAUCUUGGAGGAGACUUGGGAUUUGGACUUUUCAGCAAUGUUGAAGCUCUUAGGACUUUGGCAACUCUUGGAGGUGGACUAAAUGUCUUUUGUAUAAAGGAUGUACAUGAGUCCUGGGGGCCAGGGGUGGAAUGUCAUGGUUUAUGUCUGUGUCCCCCAAAGCCUCAUGAGUUUGCAUUGUUCAUUUGUGAUGGUUCAUUGUAUAGUGCUUGGAUUAAUGGUGUCAGUGCUCCACCCACAUAGGGGUGAAGCCAGGAUGUGAUGUAAUGGCAGGAAGUAGGUGUGUUUUUCUCUUUGCUGGUUUGAGCUUGCUGUCAGCAGUCGCCAUGAAAUGCAGCCCAGCCAUGCCCGCCUGCCUUGGAGCCAACUGAGUGUGGACUGAAACCUUCAAAAACUGUAAGAAAUAAACCUUUCCUUUCCCAGCUUUGGGCUUCAGGUAUUUUUGUCUCAGCCAUGAGCAUAAAGUAACUAAGACAAUCAGAUUUCCCCAAAUUUAAAGAUUAAAUUAAAAAAUGGGCAUCUGAGAUGAUUACACACUUCUCAGAUGAAGAAACAGAAAUAAAAAAUAAACAUAUGAAAAAAUGUUUAACAUUACUCGUCAUUCAAGAGAUGCAAAUUAGAGCAAAGCUGAAAUUCCACCUCACUCCAGAAAGAAUGGCUAUUAUCAAGAAAGCAACCAAUAACAAAUGCUGGCAGGGCUGCAGGGGAAAAAGGAACACUUCUCUGCUAUUGAUGGGAGUGCAGAAUGGUGCAACCACUGUGGAAAUCAGUGUGGAGAUUCCUUAGUAAACUAGAACUAGAUGUUGCAUUUGACCCAGCCAUUUCCCUCCUCGGUAUCUUCACUAAAGAUGUUAUAUGUACACCUAUAUUUAUAGUGGUACAGUUUGUAAUAACCAUAUAUGGAAACAAUUGAAGUGCCCAUCAAUUGGUGAAUGAGUAAAGAUAGGGUUUUUUAAAAAUAUAAUGGAGUAGUACUCAGCCAUAAAGAAGACAUAUGCUCAAGACAUAUCUAAGAAAGUGGAUGCAUCUUGAGACCAUAUUAUUAUGUGAAAUAAAUUGGACACAUGUGUGUAAAUACUAUGUUGUUUCUGUGAUGUGAGAAAUCUAAAGUGUAAAUAAAGACCAAAAUGUGUAAUAGAUAUUGUGAAUAGGAAGAAAAUGUUCACAUGGGGAGGAGAAUGAGGGAAAAGGGAGGGGAAAGGAAAGAAGAGAUAAGUAAAAAGAACGAGACAAUAAGGAAAACAUAGCAGUAAUGUUCUUAUAAAUGGGAGGGGUUGAAGGGAGGUAGGAGAGUGGGAAAAAGGUUAUAUCAUGUACAGGUACAAAUUCUGUGAUGAAUGUGAUCAUUAUGUAUAUCUAAAAUAUAUCAAUAAAAUGUAUUUAAAAAUAGAUAAAUAAAAUUUUGAGAUGGGGUCUCAAGUUGCCCAGGUUACCUCAAUUGCUCAGGUAGGCCUUAAACAUACAAUCCUCCUGCCUCAGCGUCCUGAGUAGCUGAGCUUACAAACAUGUGCCACUCUGUUCUAGAUAUGCUCCUGUCCUGUAUGAUGCUGUAUCUUAUGACGUGAUAAAGCCAAGGGGCCCUGGGCAGAGCUUUCAGCCUUUAAAAACUGAGCUGAAUAAAUAAGUGCCUUUUAAAAUGA